AUGUCGGGAUUCAUCGCUAGACAAGCUUGGGCUACCGCCUCUCGAGUGAGGUCUUCUGCUCUUCGAGCUCCUCAGACUGCCUUUGCUUGCAAGGCCGCCAGCAUUGCUCCUCGACGAUGCUUUUCAGUCUCUCUCAACCUCCUCAAGAGGCGAUACACUGAGAGCCACGAGUGGAUUGACCUGGCCGAUGACGGCAAGACCUGCACAAUUGGCAUCUCCAACUACGCCGCUGAAGCUCUCGGCGACGUCGUCUACGUUGAGCUCCCCGCCACAGGCGACGAGACGACCGAGGGCGAGUCCUUCGGCACCGUCGAGUCUGUCAAGUCUGCGUCCGACAUUGUGGCCCCCGUUUCUGGCUCUGUCGUCGAGGUCAACGAGCCUCUGAACGACUCCCCCGCGGACCUUGGAAAGGACCCCGAGGGUGAGGGAUGGCUCAUCAAGGUUGAGGCUGAGGACGUUUCCGCGCUGGAGGGAUUGAUGGAUGAGGCUGCUUACGCUGAGCACACCAAGGAUCAUUAA